AUGGCCUCGAACCGGACACAAUUCCGCGUCAUCCUAUCCAGUCACGGUUCGGUCAUUGUCUCCUCUCCAUGGCCGAAAGCGGACCCAACACCAACCGAAGUUCAAUGUGGGAUUCAGUUCCCUAGUUCCGUCACACGUUGGACGCUGCAGUCAAGUGGGAAUAUCUGCUCACGGUCAAGGCUGGACUUGCUCCUUCAAAACCUUUGCCCUACCAAUACGACCACAUAUUGGCUCCUGUUCCCGCCCAGAGUCGCAUGCGAGACAGAUCGGGCAACCACAGAGCUUUGCUUUAGGGGUCCCCGGGACAAAACCUUGAUUCCGAUGAUACUGGCGCGCAGUUCGUUCCCACAUCUACCACCCUCUCUGGAAUCUGUCCUACCUUGA